CAUUAGUCUGCGUACUAACGUCCUAAACAGUGUGGUAAAUGAGUACACCACCUACAGUGACCAUGGUAACCUAUGGUGGCGUCGCGUGCUAUUUUAUCAUACUAAUUAGUAAGGUAGUAUGCAGCGCGCGCUCCACACAGCAUCCGAAGCAGCAGCAGCAGGGAGGCGCGCGGAGUCAUGGCUAAAACCAUGAUGCUGUGCCUGAAUCUUCACUCGCUGCUGAUCCUCUGCGUCCUCCUGGAAGGAGCUCUGGGAGAUGGUGCCGAAUUUGACCCCUACAAGAUCCUGGGGGUCACCAAGAGUGCGAGUCAUGCCGAAAUCAAGAAGGUGUAUAAACGCCUUGCUAAAGAAUGGCAUCCUGACAAAAACAAGAACCCAGAAGCAGAAGACAUGUUCAUUAAGAUCACCAAAUCCUAUGAGAUCUUAUCCAACGAAGAAAAAAGAGCCAAUUACGAUCGCUACAAGCAGACCAGCUCCCAGCCUUACGGGCCUCGCGGCUUCCGUCACUUCCACGACAACUUCUACUUCGACGAGUCCUUCUUCAACUUCCCCUUUAAUAGCGAGGGUGGCCGCGACGCCACUGACAGCAAGUACACUCUGCACUACAACCGGUACGUCGACGAAGUCGUAUCCGACAGCUUCAAAAGACCGUAUCUGAUCAAGAUCACCUCGGACUGGUGCUUCAGCUGCGUCCACAUGGAUCCCGUGUGGAGGGAGGCCGUGCAGGAGCUCGAGCCUCUCGGUGUAGGAAUAGGCGUGGUCGACGUUGGCUACGAGAGACGCUUGGCGAAUCAUCUGGGAGCUCACCGCACUCCGUCCAUACUCGGCGUCGUCAACGGAAAAGUGACUUUCUUUAACUACGCUCUGGCCAAGGAGCACCUCAUGCAGUUUGUGGAAGACCUGCUUCCUCAGAGACUGGUCGAGAAGGUCACAGACCGGAAUGACGGCGACUUCCUGAAGAGCUGGUACGACGUUAACAAACCCCACGUUCUGCUUUUUGAUCAAGUGCCUGCGGUUCCUCUGUUGUAUAAGCUGACUGCGUUUGCCUAUAAGGACUAUGUGCAGUUUGGCUACGUGGACCAGGGUCUGUCCGAGACGGCCAACCUGCUCAAGCAGUACAACAUCAACACUUACGCUCCAACCAUGCUCGUCUUCAAGGAGAACACGGAUAAACCGGCCGACAUCAUACAGGCUAAAGGGAUGAAAAAACAAAUAAUUGAUGAAUUCAUCUCCAACAACAAAUUUCUUCUUGCCCCUCGUCUGGUGAACCAGAAGGUCUUUGAUGAACUUUGUCCCGUCAAGCAGUUCCAUCGGCGCAGAAAAUUCUGUGUUCUACUCAUCACCGGUGAGGAGGAAGUCUUUGUCCCAGGAAACAAAGCCUUCUUGUCUCUGGCCUCUGCAAACACCGAGGAGGUUCUGCGCUUUGCUUAUGUGUACCAACGCCAGCAGCAGCCUCUGUGUGCUGUGCUGCUGAAGAACAGAGACACUCCACCACAGGUGGUGAUCCUGGAGCGGCGUAACGGGGCCGGUAAAGUGCUCUUCAAGCCCGUCCAGGGCGGCUGGAACGGCAGCGAGGAGGACAAACACAAACUGCUGGAGGAGCUAGAGCGGCUGCGGAAAGACCCCUCCAUCCUUACCCAUGAUGCAACGCUGCCUGAGCUCAAUAACGAGUUCGCUUCAAUGUUUUUAAUCAGAUGGAUUUAUGCAGUGUAUGACUACUUGUCUGAAAUUAUUGAUGAUGCUCUCCACAAUAAUUGGCGUGAAAUAAUGCCUCUGAUGUCUCUGAUAUUCUCUGCACUAUUCAUCCUGUUUGGCACGGUGAUUAUUCAGGCUUUCAGUGAUUCUGGUGACGAGAAACAGACAAAAUCGAAGGCGAAAGAAGCAGCGAAGCCCCAGAAUGGAUCACCGAGCACCACCAACACUUCCAGCCGUCCACCGAAGAAGAACUUUGUGGAGGUGACCGAGUUAACGGAUAUCACUUAUACCAGUAAUUUGGUAAAGUUGAGACCAGGCCAUAUCAACGUGGUGCUGGUGCUUACAGACGCAACCAAAAACAUUCUGCUCAGCAAGUUCGCCAAGGAGGUUUACUCCUUCACUGGGAGCCAGACGCUGCAUUUCUCCUUCCUGAACGUGGACAAGCACAACGAGUGGAUGUCCACCCUGCUGGAAUAUGCCCAGGAUGCCAUGCAGCUGGAGGCGGACGAGGAGGAGGAGGCCAGCAACCGCAAGGCAGACUACACGGGCUACGUGCUGGCGCUCAACGGUCAUAAGAAGUACCUGUGUCUGUUCAAGCCAGUGUACACAGGUGAGGACGCUAACAGCAGGCCGGAGGAGGAGGCGGGGAGUUCCAGAUCCAGGUCGAGCUCGAGAGAUGAGCACCAGCACAGGAAAGGCGGGGCACGGUCACGCUCCACAACUCUCCACAUCCACCACAAACUGGACCGACUGGGACUGUGGAUGGAACGGCUGAUGGAGGGCACGCUACCUCGCUACUACAUCCCGGCCUGGCCCGGCCUGGACAAGAUCACGGUCAAUAAGUAGAGUUAGGGAUCCUUGCACGCUGCUGAACGGACACAAUAUUGGUUCUCUGGGAUCAGUUUCUCAUCACUCCUAUUGCAGUGUCACGGCCAUUGGGUGGCGCUGUAGGUGGACUAUGUGAUCUCAGAGCUCCGACCUUGAUCUUACACAUGCUGUAAAUGACCCGAGUCUAAUAGUAGCUCCGUUUAACCAUGAUGCUGCGCCAUAACCACUGAACGCUGCUCCAGCCGCUACUUUAAAGGUGCAGUAGAUAGGAAUGUCUGUUAAUAAAUGACCAGAAAUUACAUCAUAUCAGGAAAAAUCCACCCUGAACGACUUGCAUAUUAAUCUUCAGUCAUAACGUAAGAUUCAAUGACGUCCAUGACUCAUUUUGCGAUGAAUUCUGAGUUAAAUGGCUUUCAGCAAUGUUUACUGUUUCCUAUAUUACCCACAAUGCCGUUCAACUACCUGUUGGUAGUGCUGCGGUGGGAUUUAGCCUUUGCUCCAUCUAUGCCUAAAGAGAGCGAUGCAGCUGCGCUUUUGGAUCUUGAUCUAUGUCGUCUCGCUCGUUAAUAUGACAUCAAACAACGCUGUAAAAUGUUGAUUUCUUUAUAAUGGGAAAAUUGCUUUGUUUUUGUUUUCAGGAUCCAACAGCAUUAACAGUUUAUCCCUUAUAUUUGUUUAAACCUUUUGUCUUCAGUUAAACACCACGGUCAAUGCGCCAGUAGUAACAGUGUCUUCCUGUGACAUCUGUGCCGCACCAGGAUCACUAAAGAUAUCACAAUUAGUUCAGUACAAACAUAUUUAAUGUGUUUCAGGGUGGAGAUUUCCUUAAGACAUGGCGAUAUGAAGUGAAAGCUUUCUGUAGUUGGAAAAUGCCUUUAAAAAAAAAUAAAAAAAUCUCGCUCACCUUUAACAGCUAAUGGGUUGAAAUCGAGGAUUUCAGCUGAUACAAGGCUUAACCUGAUACUCUGCCAUGCACACUAUGGUCACUUUCAUCUGUUAAGUGUAGAAUGAACUAAAUAACUAAGUGUGGGAAGAUCUCCUUUUUCAGUUUUCAUUUAAACACCUAAACAGCAAAAUAUUUCAUAAUAAUCGUUAGUAUUUUUAACAAUAAUGUCAGUAUUAAGCAUACUCGUACACAUAUAUACAUAUAUAUAUAUACAUACAUUCUGUCCUGAACAGAAGAAUAUAGAAGACAGUGUCUUGCUUGUGCAAUAAGACUACUUUGCCUUGAACCUGUUAUAUAUAUAUAUAUUCGGGUGUUUUAGCAUGGAAUCAGAUGUGGUAAUAUGAACCAUUCCUGUGUGUACAAUGUUCUAAGUGAAAAUGAGGAUUUUUCUAAAAUGAACAUGAUUAAAUUCUGUAAGGAAAAAUAAUUUGAGUGAAAUUGACUGUAGCAGCUACAGAUAGAACUCUUAAUAGGCAUGUGUUAUUGCAUCAUAAAAUACAAGAGCCAGUCAGGUUCCAGUAUGCAAAUUACAGGAGGAUUCCACAACAGUAUUACAGUAUGUACUGUGUUUUCCUUUUAGGCAUGCCAUAACAUGCUAUACCAAUUACAUGACAUGAAACAUUUUCACAACAGGCGAGUAAAGAGAAGAUACUAAAUUGGCAGGUGUAUACGUGAAAUUCCCAACAGUGAAGCUAGGGAGCAUGGGGUUUUUUUUCUUUUCUAUAUCAGUCAUAACUUGUAUUUUUAAUUAGGAAAUUUGUAGCUGCUUCUGUGCCUUUUUCUGUUAUCCUUUUUUUUUUUUUUUUUUUUUUCUGUGGAACGAGUUUUGGAUGAUUUUAUUUUUUAACAGCAUGACAAUCCAAGUCUUCCAUCCCAGAAGAGUUUUUAAGACAGGGCUUAAACAGAUUACCAGAUUGCAUUAUUAUCUAAUCAGUGUGCUGUUGAAUGAUGAUUAAUGCACUGUUGUUAUUUAUAUAUUAUUGUAUCUGUGUUGCUGUGAUGUAAAUAUGGCUGUUUCUGUCCAGUGUUUUUACUGAAUGUUUUAUUCAGCGUCACAUUUUGGUGAUCGGCUUAGAGUAAGUUUCAUAAUUUAUAUACAGCCCAUGUGUAUAUCCGCUUGGUAGAGUUACAGUAUAGAUCAAAUAAAAAAUUAGGUGGCCUGUUUUAUUUAUUGCAAAAAAUGAUUUCUGAAAUGUAGAGCUGUCAGAAAAUAAAUAAAUCAUUCAGUUUUAUUUCCAUAACUUU